UUGUGUCUUUCUCAUUAGUACUGUAAGUGUGUGUAAGUGUUGCUUUUUCUUUUCUUUUUUUUUAAUUUGCAGUAUUUAUUCCAUUCAAUACAACAACUCAUCUUUCAGGAUAUUUAUUAAUUAAAGCAAGGAAACAGUCACCAUGAGCAAAGAAGAAAUAAAUGGCACCAUUUGUGAAAAAACAGAAAAACAAAAUGAAGAAACAAGUGACAAUAAUGAAAAAGAAAAGAAGGCUAAAGUAUCCCUGGUCAGCCCAGCAGCUAUGUUCCGCUAUGCUGAUGGAAAAGAUAUAUUGCUGAUGGUACUAGGAUCACUGAUGGCUGUGGCCCACGGAGCAGCACUUCCCAGCAUGAUAAUUGUCUUUGGAGAUAUGACAAACAGUUUUGUUGACAAUGCCAUUCCAAAUGAUAAUAAUACAAGCAAAGAAACUUUAGAAGAGCAAAUGACAAGGUUUGCCAUUUACUACUCAGCAAUUGGGGCUGGUGUGUUAUUCGCUGCAUACAUGCAAGUUUCCUUUUGGGCCCUAGCAGCUGGAAGGCAGAUAAACAGACUGAGAAAAGUGUUCUUCCAUGCAGUAAUGCGACAAGAAAUUGGUUGGUUUGAUGUCAAUGAGACAGGUGAACUAAAUACUCGACUGACAGAUGACAUAUCAAAGAUUAAUGAAGGAAUUGGGGAGAAAAUCUCAAUGCUGAUACAAUCUAUGUCCACCUUCAUAGCAGGAUUUGUAAUUGGUUUUGUAUAUGGAUGGAAGCUAACUUUAGUUAUACUAGCAGUCAGCCCAGUCCUGGGAUUGUCUGCAGCCUUGUUCUCAAAGAUCCUGACUGCAUUUACUAGCAAAGAACAAAAAGCCUAUGCAAAAGCUGGAGCAGUAGCAGAAGAGGUCUUGGGUGCCAUCAGGACUGUAGUAGCCUUUGGGGGACAGAAAAAAGAAAUAAACAGAUAUCACAAAAAUUUGGAGCAGGCCAAAACAAUGGGAAUUAGAAAAUCAAUAAGUACAAACCUCUUACUUGGGUUUGUUUUCCUGAUCAUUUAUGGUUCUUACUCACUUGCUUUCUGGUAUGGAAGCAAACUCAUUGUAGAAGGAGAAUAUUCAAUUGGACAAGUCCUCACGAUAAUAUUUUCUGUCAUUAUUGGAGCUUUUGCAGUAGGUCAAACAUCGCCAAAUAUUCAAGCCUUUGCAAGUGCAAGAGGAGCAGCCCAUAUAAUUUAUGAUAUUAUAGCGAAUGUACCUAAAAUUGAUAGCUACUCAGACAGUGGCUACAAGCCCGAACGCAUCAAGGGGAAUAUUGAAUUCCGCAAUGUACACUUUACUUAUCCAUCUCGUCAGGAUGUUAAAAUACUGAAAGGGGUGAAUCUCAAGGUAGACAGUGGCAAGACAGUGGCUCUUGUUGGCAGCAGCGGAUGUGGGAAAAGCACAACUGUACAGCUCUUGCAAAGAUUCUAUGAUCCAGAUGCAGGAAUAAUUACUAUUGAUGACCAGGAUAUUCGAUCUAUGAAUGUCAGACACUUGAGGGAAUUUAUAGGCGUUGUUAGCCAGGAGCCUGUGCUUUUUGCUACUACCAUUGAAGAAAAUAUCCGCUAUGGAAGAGAAGAUGUUACCCAAGCUGAAAUUGAAACGGCAGCAAAGGAAGCCAAUGCAUAUGAUUUCAUAAUGAAACUGCCAGACAAAUUUGAAACAUUGGUUGGAGAUCGUGGGGCCCAACUAAGUGGAGGCCAAAAACAAAGAAUUGCUAUUGCACGGGCCUUGGUUCGCAAUCCCAAAAUUCUCCUUCUUGAUGAAGCUACCUCUGCCCUGGAUGCUGAGAGUGAGGCAGUUGUGCAAGCAGCUCUUGACAAGGUAAGGCAGGGUCGGACUACCAUUGUUGUUGCACAUCGUCUGUCUACCAUUCAAAAUGCGGAUAUAAUCGCUGGCUUUCAAGAUGGAGUGAUCAUCGAGCAAGGCAGUCACAGUGAGCUCAUGAGUCGAAAAGGUGUCUACUUUUCCCUUGUUAAUACGCAGACAUUUAGCAAAGAAAGCUCAGAAGAGUAUCAGGAAGAAAAAGGAACAGAUGAGAUGAGCCCAUCAACAAACUCUCUAAAUGAGCUCACAUUAUUCCAAAGAGGAACAAGUCAGAAAAGUGUGGAAAAAGUGGAGACACCUGAAGAGAAAGCUGACGAGCAGGCAGCUCGUUCAUCUGAUGAAAACAUUAAGCGUGCCUCCUUUUUUACAGUUCUCAAACUUAAUAAGACAGAAUGGCCCUAUCUGACUGUGGGAACUUUCUGUGCACUUGUGAAUGGCGGCAUCCAACCAGCAUUUGCUAUUAUCUUUUCUAGAGUUAUUGAGGUUUUUGCGGAGCCAGAUAAACAAAUCAUGCAGCAAAGAAGUUACAUGUUCUCCUUGCUCUUUCUGGCUUUAGGUGGCAUUUCAUUCUUCACAUUUUUCUUUCAGGGAUACUGCUUUGGGAAGGCUGGAGAAGUUCUCACUAUGAGACUGCGAUUACGGGCCUUUAAGGCAAUGCUUCGACAGGAUCUCUCUUGGUUUGAUGAUCACAAGAACAACACUGGUGCGCUGACAACUCGACUUGCAACUGAUGCUGCUCAAGUCCAAGGUGCAAGUGGGGCAAGAUUGGCGACUAUUGCCCAAAAUAUUGCUAACCUUGGAACUGCAUUGAUCAUUUCUUUUAUAUAUGGCUGGCAACUUACUUUGUUGAUCUUGGGAAUUGUACCAGUGCUGGCUGUCGCAGGUUUGAUCCAAAUGAAAAUGCUUACUGGACAUGCUGAGAAAGACAAAAAGGAGUUAGAAAAGGCUGGAAAGAUAGCCACCGAAGCUGUGGAGAAUAUUCGAACAGUUGUUUCUUUGACCAGGGAAAGAACAUUUGAGAAAAUAUAUGCCGAAAAUUUGAUUGUCCCAUUUAGAAAUGCUGAGAAAAAGGCUCACAUAUAUGGGAUAACAUUCUCUUUUUCCCAGGCCAUUAUAUACUUUGCCUAUGCAGGCGCCUUUCGAUUUGGAGCCUUCCUGGUUACAAAAGGUUUAAUGAAUUUUGGAGAUGUUUACUUGGUGUUUUCUGCUGUGGUGUUUGGUGCCCUUGCCUUGGGAGAGGCGAAUUCUUUUGCCCCCAGCUAUGCCAAGGCCACAGUCUCUGCUGCUCAUUUGUUUGCCUUGUUUGAUCGAGUGCCUGCUAUAGACAACGAAAGUGAAGAUGGCAAAAAGCCAGAAAGAUUUGGAGGCAAUGUCAAGUUUGAUGAAGUGGGCUUCCAGUAUCCUUCUCGUCCAGAUGUGCAAGUGCUACAAGGGCUCACCCUGAAGGUCAAACAAGGUCAGACCUUGGCUCUCGUGGGCAGUAGUGGCUGUGGGAAGAGCACCACCAUUCAACUGUUGGGAAGAUUUUAUGAUCCACAGAAUGGCAAAGUGGUUCUUGAUGACACCAACGUGAAGGAUUUAAAUAUCCAUUGGCUUAGAGCUCAGAUUGGUAUUGUAUCCCAAGAGCCAGUGCUGUUCAAUUGCAGCAUUGCAGAAAACAUAGCAUAUGGUGACAACAGUCGGCUGGUCCCACAUGAGGAGAUCGUAGAGGCAGCUAAAGCAGCAAAUAUUCACACCUUCAUUGAGAGCCUACCUAAUAAAUACAACACAGAUGCAGGAGACAAAGGUGCACAGUUGUCUGGUGGGCAGAAACAAAGAGUUGCGAUUGCUCGGGCCUUGGUCAGGAAACCCAAGAUCCUCCUAUUAGAUGAAGCAACAUCUGCUUUGGACACAGAAAGUGAAAAGAUUGUACAGGAGGCCUUAGACAAAGCCAGAGAGGGCAGGACCUGUAUAAUUGUAGCACAUCGACUAUCCACCAUCCAGAAUGCCGACAAGAUCGCAGUGUUCCAGAAUGGGAUGGUAGUGGAGCAGGGAAAGCACCAUCAGCUCCUCGACCUCAAUGGUGUUUACUAUGCACUGGUGAAUGCACAGAUGGGGCAGACCUGAGGAGAUGACUGGCAUACCAGCCUGGCCCUUUGUCAAGAUGUUAACUUUUCACUCUUCCAUAAUAUUUAACUCAAACGUAAUCUAUUGUUAUUCAGUGUGUUAUUUUAGAUUAUUUUAUGGCAUGUAUGCUAAAUAUUUAAAAUGUACUACAUGUUAAAAAAAUGUUUUAUAUUUAUAUACAGUAUACAGUACAAUAUACAGCCAAUAAGCUGGCAUCAUUUCACCACACGCAGAGUAAGCCUCAUUCUGUGUUAUGAGGUAAACCGACGCAAGUUCUCAAUUAUUUAUUUUCAUCAUAAAAUGUAACAAUAGCAAGAAACAUUUUGUCAAAUAAUCCCAAAUGUCUGUGCCCGCCUUCUGUCUUUGUAAACGACAGAAAAAAUGACAUUUGAAUUCAUUACUUGAAUUCGUUCAACUUGGAAGCAAGUUAAAGAAUAUCAUGAGGAACGUUUUUUAAAACAUGCCAUUAAAUCAGUGCAUUAAUCACACAGCCCUGCGGUGGGCUGGCGCCCUGCCCGGGGUUUGCUUUCUGCCUUGCGCCCAGUGUUGGCUGGUAUUGGCUCCAGCCGACCCCCAUGACCCUGUAGUUAGGAUAUAGCGGGUUGGAUAAUGGAUGGAUGGACAAUCCCAAAGCUACCACAUAUAAUUCAAGGCACAAGGGAUUUAAGUGUAUCUCAGCUGAACUUGGUGUCUGGGUAAAACCACACAUUUUGGGAUGUGGACAGAAAACACAAAGAGCGCACUCACACACAACACAUCCCAGGCCAAAUGAGAACUGUAUCAGCAUGUCUUUGUGGCCUGUGACCACCACAUAGCAUGCUUUCCAAGAACCUGCAGUGAUAAACCCAAACCCAACAAGCAAUAACCUCCAUGUUUAGAAACUGGUGGCUUUCUAAGCUGAAGUGACCCAAAGACAUGAAGUCAGGGGUCCUUUUCCUGGAAGCUGAGGGUGAAAAUGGCAAAUGGAUUAAUGGCUGUGAAGCCUUGAAAGCCUUCCCUGGUGUACCCAGUGCACUGUUCCAUGUUUUUUGUACCUGAUUUUAUUCUAACAAGUUUCUUUUCAUACUGUUCAUUCAGUAUGACACAAUUUGAAUCGUUUUGGCAAGGAAUGAACUUCACAUACUCUCAAGUUUUAACCCAACAGAUGGUUUACAUGAAGCAGUUCACAUUUUAACAAACAUUUUACUAACAUUCAGAAAUUCAAACCCUGUCACUCCAACGCGUUCUUUUAGUUCUCCUUGCAUCCUUUAGAAGUUUUGGAUUCUUCUUUUAGGUUCUAUUGUACUUAGAACUACUAUUGUACUAAUAGUAAUUAGUAAUAAUAAGGUGUACUAUUGUACACCUUAUUAUUAUGAAAGAUAACACUUUACUCAAUUAUAGAAUGAAAUUCUCAAAUUUGCUUAUUCAAUCCCAAAAGUUCAAGUCCAGCACAGGGACCAUCCCACCCACCAACACGUAUUCAGUUUGGGUCCAAACCAGCACAUCUUUAUGAAUGUAGAAGGACAAACACUCAAGACACAAUACCUGUGGGAAUCUGUAAACCCCACACAGAUGAUGAGCAGGUGAUCAAAAGAAAUGAAGUACGUGGAGAAAACAACAGAAAGACAUAAAAGUGUCAUCUUAUGUCCAGACUCAUCCCACCAGACCAAAUAUUAAUUAGCUGUGGAGGUCGUCACUCUUAUCUGCAGCACAGCUUCGUCAGUCACCCUCAGUGAAGGCUCUUCAUAACACAUAGAUGUAGAGAACAGUUAUUUUUCUGAUCAUUCAUGUGUUGAACCCCAAACAGAAAGUUAAAAAAUGUUCAUUUUAGAUUAAAAAAAUGACACACAAUGGAAUGGAUCACUAGUGAUGCUAUUAACUAAAGAAUGUACACUCAAAAAUAAAACUACUGGGGUUGUUCAAUGUA